CGGUAACUUGCUCCUUUCAGCUGCGGAUCGUCAAGUGGGAGACUUCAGAGGAACAGAGUGUAAUCAAUGGAUGACCAGGUGGUGAUGGACGAAGGGACAGCGGCGCACAGUAGGUAGGUAGGUAGGUGUAUAUAGAAAUUGUCUUGCAGGUUUAGAGCGGUAAGUAGGUGAUUUCGCUGAGGACGAUGAUCGAGCGCGGUUGUUUGCGAAAUGGGUUGGAAGGUCGGGGUCGGCGUCGGGGACCGCGGGGCCACUUCCAAGUCCAACAACGACGGAAGCGACGAUGGCCGUCAUCGUCGCAACCACCGUGGUCGUCGUCGGGAUACCAACGAUAUCAUCGUGGUUCUUUGUCCCGCGGCGUUCUCUUCCCUCUUCUUGUUGCUCUCUUCCCCUACUACUACGGAGGAGCCCUGCUGUUCAUGACCUUUCUUUCUCCUGUCUGUGUUUCGUCAAUCAGUCUCCACACCGCUAGUCCUAUUCCAGCGGCGACAAUUCCUUAUGAUAUUGUGUUAGACGUGACUCCUGAAGACGAUUGCGAGAAGCGGGGUAUGGAUUAUCAGCUAGGGGUGACCCCUGCCUGGGUGUUGGACAAAGCCCGUUGCCCGACCUGUCUAGAGGUUCGUUGCCUGUUUUUUUCCGCAGAUUUGUCGUCAUCUAGCUUAUCGUCGUCAUCAUCGCCGUCGUCCGAUUCGAUCGACGGAGAGUCGUCCACGUCAGCCAACGCGUCCACGUCAGCAUCGGCAAUCCCGACAGCGGACCGUAGAUACGAGGGGCAGGGUGGGGGGGGAGAUGUAAGAGCAGUUAGGUUGGGUAGUUUUGAUCCUGGGAAACGCAAAGCCACGUGUCCGUCGCCGCCCAUUGUGAGCGACCGUGUUGUCGUCAUCUUUGGGAGGGAUUUUCUUGCCUGUCAGUGCGCCAACGUGGGGAGCGGAGGUGAGGGGGGUGGUUCUGCUCUGAGCACCAGCAACAGCAGUAGCGAUAGCUGGAGCAACGCUACCGGGAUCGGCAAUACCGAUGGUGGGUGCGUUAGCAAGGCUAUGAGGGGGUAUAUUGGCAUCGGGAAUUUGAGUCCGGCGUUGGGUGGAAGGGAUAAUCAUGUGAGAUCUCAAGAGUCUACUAAUAAUCCCUAUGCUCGUCAGAUCAUACUGACGUUUAUGGUUUUGUGUUCGGGGGUGGCAUUCCUGCUGCUGAUUGGGGUGUAUUGCAAGCGCUCUCGGAGAGUGCAAACCCUGAUCUCGAGAUUACUGGCUUACGCAGGCUAUGGAUCGGCUCCGCGAAGUCGAAGAAGACACAACUCGCAGAUUGUCAUUCUUCCUGAGAAUUUGGAGUUAUGGGCUCAUGUCCUGGGAGUGAGAGCUGCCGAUUUGCGGCCGUUAAGCUCCCUGACGAUAACGGUCGCUGACGGCGGGGGGGAGAACGAUGUGUCUAUGACCGUCUUGGAAUCUGACGACGGCGAAAACGGCGGGGGUGCGGAGAUUCCUCCGGAGACUUUUGUGACCGUUAUCCCGCCCAAUCCUGCGGAUCACAUCGGGAUCGGGACAAAGAUUGACGACAUUGAAAGGAAUGUUCUCGAGGCAUGGCAGGAAGAAGCAUCUUCUCCUUCUUCUCCUUCUUCUCCUUCUCCUUUCUCUCCUUCUUCUUCUCCUUUCUCUCCUUCUCCUUCUCCUUUCUCUCCUUCUUCAUCGUCGUCCUCGUGUACCGACAUGUCUGACGAGUUUUCCGCCGUGGUAGGAGAAGAGAUCGAUUCUCCGUCGCAACGGGAAAGGCAAAGGGAAGAAAGAGUCGUUCUAACUGUAGAAUGAAGAGCGUUAGGGUGUAUAUUUUCACUGAAUUUGGCCGUAAUUAUGGCCACAUACGUCCUGGGAAAUCCUACGGCAGUGCGUAUGCCCUUGUCGUACUUCAUCUCGGAGGGUCGGUCGAUCGAUAGAAGCGACGCCGGACAGAAGCAGCGAGUUUUGUCUUCCGUUUAGUCGAAGAGAAGACGGGCCAGCAGGGAAAAGAAGAAAGGACAGCAGGGAAAGACGAAAGGGCAGCAGGAAACGAAGAAAGGACAGCAGAGGACUGCAGGGACAACGGGAGAGAAGAUGCCAAAGGUGAAGUUGCUGGCGAUGACGAUUUCUGGAUCGUGAGCGGAACCGU